AUGACAUCUUUCGAAAACAAGACCGUAAUCGUAACCGGCUGCAGCAGCGGCAUCGGCCUACAAACUACCCUCGUCUUUCUCUCGCACAAGGCGCGCGUCUUCGGCAUCGACAUCGCACCCUUCACGCAGACACUUGACGCCACACAGUCCACAAACUUCACCUUCCACCAAGCCAACCUCUGCGGGCCCAACGCAGCCGAGGAUGCCAUAGCCGCCUGCAUCGCAAAGUACGGGCCGAAGAUUGAUGUUCUGGCCAAUGUGGCGGGGGUACUUGACAAUCUCGGAAGCGCGGAUACUGUGGAAGAUCAGGAGUGGGACCGGGUGCUCGCCAUCAAUCUGACGGUGCCGGUCCGGAUGAUGAGAGCCGUGCUUCCGAGUAUGAAGCAGCAUCGAGCCGGGUCUAUUGUGAAUGUGGGCAGUAUGGCGAGCAUGUCUGGUGCUACAGCUGGUGUUGCGUACACGGCUUCCAAACACGGUACAGUCGGUGCAACGAAGAAUGUUGCAUGGCGGUUCCAAAAGGAGGGUAUCAGGUGCAAUGCUGUGAUUCCGGGUGGUGUUCCUACCAACAUUCAUAAUAGCAUGCAGGCGGACAAGAUAGACCAAGCUGCGUUCCAACGGUGGAAGAUAUUGUGGGACGCAGUUAAAGAUCAUACUAACGAAGAUGAACAUGUGAUCACUACGGAUGAUAUCGCGGAAGGCAUUGUGUUUUUGGCAUCAGAUCAAGCGAGGAGUAUUAGUGGCACGCUUCUGCCGAUUGAUAACGCUUGGUCGGCGGUAUAACUUGGUAGAGCAAGGCCAGUCUAAUUCGUAGUUGAAUUAUGUGUAGUAGUAGUAGUAGUAGUAGUAUCCAUUAACGUCCUUUUUCAGUCAGAGACUAUGUAGGACGGUGGCCUAGGGCCGUUUGACUAGUUUUUUCCCUCUAUACCCGUAGGAUUUCGUUUCUUUGGUCGAGUUUGACUAUGGGGGUUUGGGUUUUUUGCUUCUAUACAGGAAAGAGAGAGAGACCUUGUAAUAGACACCCGUUUAUCUCCACCUUUGUGACCAAUCCCUUUGCUAUAAUAACCCCGUGCUCCUAAGACUGAAAAAAACCUCGUAGGGGAAAAAGUCAUGGGACCUUGAACGUUUGUUGUAUAUAGCGGCAGUUGCGGCAUAUUUUCGUCUCGGCGGUACUUUGUGGCUCGGUUGUACGGCGGCGGCUAGCGUUAAGCGUGCGGGGUAUUGGUGAAAAACUUUCCAGGUUUCGAAAGGAGCCGUUCGAUGUUUUUUGGUAAAGCUAGAAUAAUAGAAUUAUUAUAGCGGUGAGGGGAGAAGGAUUCGAACCUUCAACCUCUGCGAGCAAGCUAGCAGAAGCAACCAGGCGCACUACCACUGCGCCAUCCCCCC